AUGAUGCAUCGCGGGCGCCAGCCGUCCUGCGCAAGCGCGACCGCCGUUGGGUGUCCUCUGUACGGGCGAACUAGGCAGAGGGGUCGAGGCGGAGGCCGGGGCAGCGAGUCUGAGAGCAGAGUCAGCCGCGCGCCGCAGCCAUGCCGGACAGCUGGGACAAGGACGUGUACCCCGAGCCCCCACGCCGCACGCCGGCGCCCUCGCCGCAGACCUCGCUGCCUAACCCCAUCACCUACCUUACGAAGGCGUUCGACAUCCUCGUGGACCGGCCCGUGACCCUGGUGAGAGAGUUUAUAGAGCGGCAGCACGCCAAGAACAAGUACUACUACUACCACCGUGAGUUCCGACGGGUGCCGGACAUCACAGAAUGCAAGGAGAAGGACAUCCUGUGCAUGUUUGAAGCAGAAAUGCAAUGGAGAAGAGACUACAAAGUUGAUCAGGAAAUUGUCAACAUUAUCCAGGAAAGACUGAAGGCCUGUCAGCAGAGGGAAGGUGAAAGCUACAGGCAGAACUGUGCCAAGGAACUGGAGCAGUUCAGCCAGGUGUCCAAGGCCUACCAGGACCGCUAUCACGACCUGGGGGCCCAUUAUUCUGCCAGGAAGUGCCUGGCAAAACAGAAGCAGAGGAUGCUGGCAGAGAGAAAAGCCGCUAAAGAGGCCGCUGCUGCCUGAGGCAGCUCUACGAACGCCCUCACUGUUGCUAAAAUAAAGAGUAAUGGAACUUG